AUGGCGGCCACUCGUCGCCAUAGCAACCCCGGUAACAGCGGCCCCAGCCACCAAAGGCAGUUGGGAAAACGGCAAGGGGCAAUUUGAAUUUUAAAGCCGGGUGCUACAGGGACCGGGUAAGGAACAAACCCAGAUAAUGACACAAACCCCACAGCAGACAAAGGUUGUGUUCUGCGGGGUGGGGGUGGGGAGUAACGUCUUGAAACAAGGCGAAGGAGGGCAAAAAAGAGGGCAAGAAAGAGGCAGCGCACACAUUGCUUCCCCGCAUACAAUCACUGCUCACUAUCAAACACAGUGGUGCCUCGCAAGACGAAAUUAAUCUGUUCCGCGAGUCUCUUCGUCUAGCGGUUUUUUCGUCUUGCGAAGCAACCCUAUUAGCGGCUUAGCGGAUUAGCGCUAUUAGCGGUUUAGCGGCUAUUAAAGGCUUAGCGGCUUAGCGGCUUAGCUGCUAAAAGGCUAUUAGCGGCUUAGCGGCUUAGAAAAAGGGGGGGAAGCGGAAAAAAAUCUCAAGACUCGCAAGACAUUUUCGUCUUGCAAAGCAAGCCCAUAGGCAAAUUCGUCCUGCGAAGCGCAUCGAAAAACGGAAAACCCUUUCGUCUAGCGGGUUUUCCGUCUUGCGAGGCAUUCGUCUUGCGGGGCACCACUGCAUUGAUAGACCUUCUAAUAAUGGAGGGGCAAAGCCAUGAGCUGAAAGGCGCGGGUUUUAAAACGAACGCGACCCCUUUUUUGGACCUAUCCUCAGCGCAGGCACAGCAAUGAGCUUUUAAAAGGCCCGGGGGGGGGUUUCCUUUAAAACUUUACAAGGACCGGGGGGAGGAUCAAAGCCCAAAAAAACUAGAAAGGGGGGAGAUACAGCCAGCCAACCCCCCCUCCUCCAAACCUUGCACACUGCUGUCGCCUCAGCCUCUCAGUAACAGUUGCUGCGUUCAGAGAUGGUGUUUAGAGCUGGCGGCGCAAGGCAGUAGGAGCUUGCUGGCUCAACCGGCGCUGAUGGGGUGAUCUUCUGCAGACCAGUUAGCCUAAAGCAAACUAGCUGCUAAAGAUCCUCAACGCUUGCUCAGCCUGCACGUGGUCGAGGAGGUCCUUCCUGGACGUCUUAAGCCGACGUCUUAAUCCAACGAGAAGCUGCAGCACAAUGGCUGAGAAACACUGCCAAGGCCAUGUUUGAGUGGCUAAACCCAGCCCCCAAGCCUCCAGCCGAUGGGCUGGCCACCUGGGGGUGUGGCGCAGUAGCCGGAGCAGCUGGGCAGGGGGUGGAAUACCUCCUCCCAACACAGGAAAAGGCUCCCGCUCACAACUCCAGUGUGGUGUAGUGGUUAAGAGUGGUAGACUUGUAAUCUGGGGAACCGAGUUCACGUCUCCGCUCCUCCACAUGCAGCUGCUGGGUGAUCUUGGGCUACUCACACUUCUCCGAAGUCUCUCAGCCCCACUCACCUCACAGAGUGUUUGUUGUGGGGGAGGAAGGGAAAGGAGAAUGUUAGCUGCUUUGAGACUCCUUCGGGUAGUGAUAAAGCAGGAUAUCAAAUCUAAACUCUUCUUCUUCUUCUUUUCCUCCCCUCCUUGAGGAGGAGAGGCUUAUGCAGUACAUUUCCAAACACAUUUCAAAGUGUUUAAAGUCCUAAAUGGCUUUGGCCCUGUAUACCUGAAGGAGCAUCUCCACCCUCAUCAUUCACCCCAGACACUGAGGUCCAGCUCCGAGGGCCUUCUGGUGGUUCCCUCAGUGAGAGAAGUGAAGUUACAGGGAACCAGGCAGAGAAUCUUCUCAGUAGUCGUGCCUGCCCUGUUGGCCUCCCUCCCGUUAGAUGUCAAAAAGUUAAACUUUUUGUAGACAUCUGAAGUCAGCCCUUUUUCAAAAUAUUGAAUGUUUUGUUUGGUUCCUGUGUUUAUAUUUUGUUGGAAGCUGCCCAGAGUGGCUGGGGUAACCCAGUCAUAUGGGUAGGGUAUAAUAAAUAAAUUAGAAUAAUAAUAAUAUUAUUAUAGGUAAAUAAAAGGUAAAAGAACCCUGGACUGUUAAGUCCAGUCAAAGGUGACUAUGGGGUUGCAGCGCUCAUCUCGCUUUCAGGUCAGGAGAGCUGAAGUUUGUCCACUGACAGCUUUCUGGAUCAUGUGGCCAGCAUGACCAAACCUCUUCUGGCACAGUGGGACACCGUGACGGAAACCAGAGUGCACAGAAACGCCAUUUACCCUCCUGCCACAGCAGCACCUAUUCAUCUACUUGCACUGGCAUGCUUUCGAGCAGCUAGGUUGGCAGGAGCAGGGACCGAGCAACAGGAGCUCACUCUGCCGUGGGGAUUCGAACUGCUGACCUUCUGAUCGGCAAGUCCUAGGCUCUGUGGUUUAACCCACAAGAGAUACUUGUCUUUAAAUGUGCAGUUAAUCAAAUUUUUCCUUCCUUCCCCUCCCUAGUUGUGGUUUAGACCACAACACCACCUGUUUCCAAUUAUUAUUAUAACUUUAUUUAAUUAUGGUUGUCCCUAUCUAGUCUGAGGUCCAUUCAGGAAACUUCCUAAUAUAACUGUGAAAAAGUUUUCCUUAUCCAUUUGGUUAUAGCUUCUCCACUUUAAAAUACAUAGAACUCAACACCUGUGUGGCUUGCCCAAUACAGUGGUGCCUCGCAAGACGAAAUUAAUCCGUUCCGCGAGAGUCUUCGUCUAGCGGUUUUUUCGUCUUGCGAAGCAACCCUAUUAGCGGCUUAACGGAUUAGCGCUAUUAGCGGUUUAGCAGCUAUUAAAGGCUUAUCGGUUUAUCGGAUUAGCUGCUAAAAGGCUAUUAAAGGCUUAGCGGCUUAGAUAAAGGGGGGAAAGCGGAAAAAAAAUCUCAAGACUCGCAAGACAUUUUUGUCUUGCGAAGCAAGCCCAUAGGGAAAUUCGUCCUGCGAAGCAACUCAAAAACGGAAAACCCUUUCGUCUAGCGGGUUUUCCAUCUUGCGAGGCAUUCGUCUUGCGGGGCACCACUGUAUUGCUUACAGUUCUCACUUCUUAGGCAGUAUUUGUCAUGUGACAAAGAGACAUGCGAGCAGAAGCAGCAAAGCAGGCUGGGAAGUGCUGGGACUGCACAGUCAUUUGAGCCUACUAAAAUUAUUCAGGCCUAACUGCUAACUGUUGAGUCAUUCUAACAUGUGACUUAGUAGCCAGCUUCUUUUUGUGUUCUCUGUAAGAUGUCAAUGAGAGUCUGUCUGCCUCCGUUGUGAACAGAGUCAGUAUGUAAUCUCAGUCAAACUGUUUGGAACCAAGUUGUUUAUGAAGAAGUUUAUUUUAACUAAGUAAAGCUAUUAUUUUUUAAAACUCUGCAUUAUUAAUUUACGCUGCGUGUCAGUGUCAGGAACCAAGCUACCACACUGAUCUUUCCUUCCUAGCUUACCUGGCAGGUUAAGUCUAGCAAAAAUAGAAUUCCACUCUGGUCCAAGGCAGACAUUUCCACUGAUAUUAAUGACCAAACCCAUCAAGUUCCUGAGUGGGUCAGCUGAUCAUAUGAUUGACUACACCAUGUGACUAAAACUCACAAAAAUUCAGCUGAGCCAUACCUAAAAUACACAUUGCAAAUAAUUCUGGACACUGCACACUGAACCCACUAUAUCCACUAAACAAAAAUGAUUGAUGCAACCAUCUUCAAUUCAUCUGAACUGCAUUUUUCCAAUCUUGAUUUUCAGUUGAAGAAAAGUUGACAUAAGGUUUGUGUUGACUUGAAACUUUUAUUAUAUUUAGAAUAAACUUUCCAUGUGGGAUUUAUUUUUUCCUAGACUUCAGAAAACAGACACACUGCUGUUUCCAUCUUGCUUUUGCUCCUGAGACUACCCUCAUAUUUCAGUCAUAAAUCUGUCAUGCAAUCACACUGAAUGUGUUAAUUGAUAUCACAUUUCCAUGUCUCUGUUGCAAUAUUUGUUGGAUGCUAAUCCUUUAAAAUUACUAUUUGCACAUUGCCAUAUGUGCCACAUAAACACAGAUAUUUAAAAUAGUGACUUAACUAGAUUAAUAUCCAAAGUAAAUAUAUUAUUAAAAAAUUAUCUGUAGCAUAUGAACCAUUGCACUCUUAUUGUCUGAAUGAUUAAAUGGAAGGAAGUUCCAUUGAGUCCAGUGGAACGUACUACAAAGUAAGUAUGCAUAAGUGUCUUGCAUAGGAGAGCUGCUAUAAAGUCCAGUCCUAUGCAUGUUUAUUUAGAAAUCCCGUUCUUUUCAACAGUAUUUUACACAAAUAAAUAUGGAUUAGAUUGUAGCCUGGCGAAAUUGGCCUGCAAAGAGCAGGGAGGAUUACAUGAAGACAGGAAUUGUUGUAUUUGAAUAGUGCAGCAAGACUUUGUACAGUGUUGACCCGAGCUGGUGCGUAUGUGUGUGCUGGCAGGCUGCUGGCAUAUAUAAACAGCAUGCAGUGGUGGUAAUUACAAGAAGAUUUAUUGUCUAUAGUCUUCUUCCUUUCUUUUUACAAUCUUUUAUUUAUUUUUUAAUAUAUUUUUAUUAAUUUUCCCUUUUUAUAAUAUUAAUUACAUAUUUAUAAAACUCUUUCAUUAUUUGCUCAUACGAGCUGUUGACUUCCGUCCAUCCCGCCUCAUGGUUUUCAUAAUUCCAAUUUUACCUCAUAGCAUUUGUAUGUUUACGUUUCCCUCCUUCAUUUUACCACAUAUUUUUAAUAAAUGUAAAAUGGUAAUAAACAUUAAUGUUACAAGUCUUCUUACAACAACCCUGCUAGUGUUGUUAGUUGUUCUUCAUCAUCUGGACUGCUAAAGGUUCCCCAUGCUUGUUCUACAAAUUAUUAUUAAUAAUAAUCAUAGUUACUCUCCCAUACUCUCCCAUUUACAAUCCUGUUAUGUCAAGGAGCUCAUGAAUAUUUCAGUUUCUACUUGUAGUCAAAAGAAGCCUGUGAAAGGAACUGGUCCAAGAGGCCAUGAUUUGCCCAACGCCACCUGAUGAACUUCAUGGCUUGGAAGGUCUCCUCAAAACAAUACCAAGUAUGGAACUACCUCUCAGCUUCAUUUAUUAAGUGUACAAAUCACUUCCCGCACUGUAAUGUCCCAAAGCAAUUCACAAGAAUAAAAUACAGUGAAACAGUAAUAAAUAAAUAAUUGCUUAACUAUAUUAAGACAUAUAACAAGGGUGUCUCUGGACAUUAAAUUGAGGCUCAUACAAUAAAAAAAAUAGUAUUUAGAAUAUGCUGGAUCCCAUUAUGAUUGUUUGUUCUCUGAGGGCUUUUAGUCUGAAGGCUGUUUAAAGUUUUUUUUGUUUUUUUUUAAGUGGGAUAAAGGAAUGGAUACAUGGAUGGAUUUUAACCUGUAACGAACUUCCCAGUUUUUACAAUAUGUUGUUGUUUAGUCGUUUAGUCGUGUCCGACUCUUCCUGACCCCAUGGACCAAAGCACUCCAGGCACUUCUGUCUUCCACUGCCUCCCGCAGUUUGGUCAAACUCAUGCUGGUAGGUUCAAGAACACUAUCCAACCAUCUCGCCCUCUGUCGUCCACUUCUCCUUGUGCCCUCCAUCUUUCCCAACAUCAGGGUCUUUUCUAGGCAGUCUUCUCUUCUCAUGAGGUGGCCAAAGUAUUGGAAUUUCAGCUUCAGGAUCUGUCCUUCCAGUGAGCACUCAGGGCUGAUUUCCUUAAGAAUGGAGAGUUUUGAUCUUCUUGCAGUCCAUGGGACUCUCAAGAGUCUCCUCCAGCACCAUAAUUCAAAAGCAUCAGUUCUUCGGCAAUCAGCCUUCUUUAUGGUCCAGCUCUCACUUCCAUACAUCACUACUGGGAAAACCAUAGCUUUAACUAUACGGACCUUUGUUCGCAAGGUGAUGUCUCUGUUUUUUAAGAUGCUGUCUAGGUUUGUCAUUGCUUUCCUCCCAAGAAGCAGGCGUCUUUUAAUUUCGUGACUGCUGUCACCAUCUGCAGUGAUCAUGGAGUCCAAGAAAGUUAAAUCUCUCACUGCCUCCAUUUCUUCCCCUUCUAUUUGCCAGGAGGUGAUGGGCCCAGUGGCCAUGAUCUUCGUUUUUUGGAUGUUGAGCUUCAGCCCAUAUUUUGUGCUCUCCUCUUUCACCCUCAUUAAAAGGUUCUUUAAUUCCUCCUCACUUUCUGCCAUCAAGGUUGUGUCAUCUGCAUAUCUGAGGUUGUUGAUAUUUCUUCCGGCAAUCUUAAUUUCAGCUUGGGAUUCAUCCAGCCCAGCCUUUCACAAGAUGAAUUCUGCAUAUAAGUUAAAUAAGCAGGGAGACAAUAUACAGCCUUGUCGUACUCCUUUCCCAAUUUUGAACCAAUCAGUUGUCCCAUACCCAGUUCUAACUGUAGCUUCUUGUCCCACAUAGAGAUUUCUCAGGAGACAGAUGAGGUGAUCAGGCACUCCCAUUUCUUUAAGAACUUGCAAUAGUUUGCUGUGGUCGACACAGUCAAAGGCUUUUGCAUAGUCAAUGAAGCAGAAGUAGAUGUCUUUCUGGAACUCUCUAGCUUUCUCCAUUAUCCAGCGCAUGUUUGCAAUUUGGUCUCUGGUUCCUCUGCCCCUUCGAAAUCCAGCUUGCACUUCUGGGUAAAGGUGAAGGUUGUCGUUGUUUAGUCAUUUAGUCGUGUCCGACUCUUCGUGACUCCAUGGACCAGAGCACACCAGGCACUCCUGUCUUCCACUGCCUCCCGCAGUUUGGUCAAACUCAUGCUGGUAGCUUCAAGAACACUAUCCAACCAUCUCGCCCUCUGUCGUCCCCUUCUCCUUGUGCCCUCCAUCUUUCCCAACAUCAGGGUCUAUUCCAGGGAGUCUUCUCAUGAGGUGGCCAAAGUAUUGGAGUCUCAGCUUCAGGAUCUGUCCUUCCAGUGAGCACUCAGGGCUGAUUUCCUUAAGAAUGGAUAGGUUUGAUCUUCUUGCAGUCCAUGGGACUCUCAAGAGUCUCCUCCAGCACCUCCAGGUGAAGGUAAACCAUUUCAAAAAUAGAAGUUGUUAGGUGCACAAACAGGACAGGGCAAUGUUCUGGGAUUUAAAAUUAGGCCACAACAUUAUUGAUUCCAGGUGUACGUUGGAUUUGGCUUAGGCAUUAGAGGGCUGGUGGAGGGCAGGCACAUGAUAGAGUCUGUCUGAGGACAUUCUUUAUCUGCUCCUUUUCUUUUUAAUAGACGAAAUAAGUCUGAUGUUGGAUUUAAAGGAUUUCAUGCAAUGCCUUCUCUGCCAAAGCUGUGGAUAUUGCUAUGGGGAAGGCAAAUCCAAUAUUAAGUUUGUAUUGAGCUUAUCUGGUGCACAGGGGGCAUUUCAGUUGAUGCAAUGACCCUGCAAAAACGUAAGUUGUUCGGUGAACAAACUGGGCAGGACAGUAUUCUGGGAUUUAAAAUUGGGCCACAACAUUUUUGAUUCCAGGUGUCGGUUAGAUUUGGCUUAGGCAAAAAUGGGGCCAAUCUGUUUACAGGCAAAUGGCUUCCUGGUUCUGAAAACAGCAACCAUUAUAAAACUACCAGUAUCCUAGGAAGCAAAAUAUUAAUAUACAAAACCCACGGCAUUACUGAAUAAGGUGGGAAAGGAGGGGUGUUUUUCAGCCAACUGGGAUUGGGAACAGCCAGCCUGUGGGAGGGAUUCAAGACUGGAGUGAAGCCCCGUCCACUUAGCCUGGCUGUAUUGGCCAGAAUUCAAAUAAAUGGAUGGUGGAAAAGCCUGCCAAUCCAAGUGGCCGACGUAGGAAUUCCCCAGCUGCCGGCCAUCUUGUCACAGUGUUGCUUCCUGGGGGUCAGAGCCUGCCACGAUGGGCCACAACAGCUGCCCAGCCCAUGUCUGUGUAAGCUGCCAUUCUCUCUGGCCACCUCCUUGUUAGUAUUUUGUGGGAGGGAUUCAAGUGUACACUGGAGAUUUAGGUUGGUGCAGUUAAAGUGGAUUAAAGUGCUCUGUCAUCCAGCUUGCUCCUUAAAGUCCAGAUAUAAUCUAACUUCUGCAUAAGCAAGCAAAUCAAGAUGAAUGCCCGAUAAGUAGUUUAUCAGGCGGAGCUCACUGAUCCCUACUCAAGUUGUUGACUAUGCCUUCUGUCUAAGAUCAAUCUUCAUCUGUUCUUCUUUUUUAAAUAGAUAACCAUGUCCACUCUGUGGCUGCUUGGUCUUUUCCUAUUCGCUGUGGUGCGGACCAUGGUUGGCCUCACCAACUCUUGAUUCCAGAGGUAGGUUGGAUUUGGCUUAGGCAUUGGAGGGCUGGUGGAGGGCUGGCACAUGAUAGAGUCGAGCCUAGGAUUCAUGGGUCCUCCUCAAGGCACAGGUCUACACAGAUGACUAUGCCUUCUGCCUUAGAACAAUCUUCAUGUGCUCUUCUUUUUUAAUUGAUGACCAUGUCCACUCUGUGACCCAGUGUUGCUGUUAUAGAACUCAGCAGGAAGGAGGGUGAGGACAAAGGCAGAAUUAGUUGACUUUGCCUAUCAUUGGCAAAUAUCAUUUGUAUUUUGAAAACAUAUAUAUAUAAUAUAUUUGUGUAAAAUUCCAGGUAGCUCCAAAAGGGUUCUAAGGAAUCUGAAAUUCCUCAAAGGCUUGAAGACUUAUGAUGAAGAUAAUAUUCCACCAGCUGUAAUGAAAAGAAGUAGAAAGAAGUUCAACAGCCACUUGGACUUUCAGCCAGCUGUCAUAGAGAAUGUAUCAUCUGCCUACGAAGGCUUGUGCAAAGGGUUGAGGACCACGGAAGAGCAGGACCUUGUUGCAAAGGUGAUGGCCCCAAAACGCGAACGACACAGAGAAGCUGAAGGUUUGCUCCCUGUACAAAUGCAGAAGCUCAAUACAAACAAGCAGAACGCAAUAAGGUGAUUGACCACUUCCAGGACCUGAAGGAUGAAGAAAUGAAUACCCGGAAGAAAGAACUCAGGAACAACACUGACGUCUGCUCUGAGAAGCCGGACAGGGCUGAAAAGCUGAACAGUGGAUUGGGAGGAAAGAAAGCUAGGAAGGACGGAAGCAGCACGCUUGCCAAGAAUUCAGCACACUGACCUCACCAGGGGUGUCUUGUUAUCUUCAGGGACGGUGGCUAAUCUGGGAGCCUUUACCGUUGUGACCAUACAGAAUGUCAGAAGAAACAGUGGGUUUUGUGCUAGGAGGAGAAAGUCCCAUUCUCUACUGAUUUCAGCCUGAGUAACACUUAUGGGGAACCAGUCAAGAUCUGUGCCUGGCUGAUUGCCGGACUGCCCAUUGAUUCCUUUUCGAUUGACAAUGGUGAAUGGAAUCUGGUCACAGGUCGUGACCUCCAAUACCUGAGACCAGAUUCCAUUCACCAUUGGUCAUCCUCCAAUGCCUGAGACCAGAUAAAAUCAUCCUGGCCACCCAACUCUUCAUCACAGACAACAUGGGGAAGAUAUAUUUCAAAGCCCCAGAGUGGGAAUGUUUUGUAGAAUCCUUUGGCACGUACCACGUAAGAGAGCAAAGGUGUGGAUAAAGUACUUUUUCACACAGUGCCUAGUAAAACGUUGGGAUUCUCUCCCCCAAGAAAUAAUGAUGGCCAUCAACCUGGAUGGCUUUAACAGUGGAUUAGGCAAAUUCAUGGAAAACAAGGCUAUCAAUGGCUGCUAGCCACAAUGGCCAUUUUCUCCCUCCGCUAUCAGGGACAGUAAAUGCCUCUGAAUACCAGUUGCUGGGAAUCACAAUAUCUAGCAAACCUGCUUACAAGUGAUGGUUCUUAAAAUACACUUAGCAUUACAUUGUAUAUUUCUUUUUAUUGAAAUAUUUCUUUCUUUGCAUUCAGCACAGGGAAGUGAUGAGAUUGAUGAGUUUUCCCAGAAAGAGGAAGAAAAGGCACCACUGCCACAUCUCUCGCCCAACUCUUUGCCUUGGCAUUUCAUUCAACUUUGCUUCUGGCUUUCCCCAGUUCCUACCAUAGCUUUCAUUUUCAGGUCAGGGUCAUGGGUUCAAGCCCCUGCAUUGCAUGCUGUUGAACUAGAUGACCCUCUAUUCCAUUCUAACUCUAUGAUUCUUUGAUUCUGUGACUUCAUAAUCCGUCCAUUCCUGUGUAAAGUCUUCCUUGCCCUCUGCCUUCCCCUCUCUGCCCCAGAUGUUAAUCUUCUUGUGGUUUUAGGCCUCAUCUGCGCCAUAUAUUUAAAGCACUAUCAUACCUAUUUACACAGUCUAAAAUCCUGAGAACUGGAGUUUAUUAAGGGUGCUGAGAGGUUAGUUCCUCUUCCUAGGGAACUCUGGAGCUUGCAGCUCUGUGAGGGGAAAACAGUUAUUGGAUUUUAGGCAUAUAUUGACUGAUUACAAAAGUCUGCUACCUUCAGUUUUAUUUUAUUUUUUCCCUUUUUUGUUGUAAGUUGCUGUUUAUUUGUCAGGAUACACACACAAGUCCCUUUUUGUUUAUUUUGUAUGGGACAGACAGCCACAGCAGCAUAGAAAGCAGUAGGAUAGAUAAGGCACAACUUCAAAGGAGAAGGCUAUUGCUGUAGUCAGUUGGACAGGAAGAAAUGACAGUAUUGGAUAUAGAAGAAAAGAGGAUGCAUCAAAUAUGAAACAUGGACUGCAUGUCUGAAUAAUUGUUCCACCCCUGAGCUUUUGCCAUAACCAGAUAGUAAUAUUGGCUCGGCUAAUUAGGCCACACAAUACCUUACUGCACCAGCUCACUUGCCUUAUGGAUAUGCUUUGCAGUAUUCAAGCUUUUAGUUCCUUUAAGGCCAGAACUCAAAAGAUGGAGAGUCAAAGGAGAACAACAUAUAUCUCAUGCAGUGAAUGGGCCGGACACAUUUUAGAGGACGUGUGCAAUGACUGACAUUCUGGGGGAAAGUAACUCAGGCCUCUUAGAAUGAUGUUUCCACAGAUACCACACAAGAAACUAUUCGGCCUUACCAGAGAUCAAAGAACAGGACUCUGCAUUUCUGCCUUGUGGAAUUUUCUGAAGGGAUAAAGGAGUACCUAAGUUGUGCUUUCAAGACAUCUGCAAGUAAAAGGUUUCUUACUUGAGCCAGACCCUGUUGACACAAGUGCUACCAAGAGCACAAAACACUUGGAGAAGUGUUCAUAAGCUGCUGUUCCUCGCAUCACUCUAUUCAAAGGAAACAGCUCAGGCUGACCUGUGUUAUUCCCAUGGCAGCCCGAGACACCACUGUCCUGAUAACCUUAGGUGGGUUAUCCCAUGCUUUGUCUGGAGUUUGUCUGCCCCAUUGUAAGACUCAGCUGCCAGCUCAAUUGGCUGCUGUAUGUGGAAUGGGAUUGAAGAGGCACCGUUUUGUUUUUGCUUUUUGCUUCAAUCAGCAAAAUGUAUUAGUCUGGCUCUGCAUAUUGACUGAUAGUAAACUGUUCCUAUUGAUAAUAAUGCAACUUUUGCUGCAUUUGAAAGCCGUUUACCCUUUUCCAACUUUCAGGCUGACGACUUAUUCAUGGGGCCAGUUCAGCCUUGUUUGGAAUUUCUUCGCCAUCAUUGCAGGGUCAUGGCUAAGACGUCCCCCAUCCAUCUCACACUUUCCAUGAUGACACUGUAUAUUGCUUUGCUUGAUAAGGAUCCUGUGAACUUCAUCUUCCCGCUCGCCCACCUCCACCUUGUUGCGCCCUAAGACUGAGGGAGCAACUGCGUUAGUUCUCCCAUCUCAUUUGGGCCCUAGAAAGAUAUGGAAAUGUCAUGGAGGAAGCCCAUGUUGAGCUGCGUCCAGCUUAAAGUGCAGAGCACACUGGUAUGUGCAUGGAAAGAAAUGAACUGGGGAAACUUAAAACUGUAGUAAAGCACAUGUGCUGCAGUUCUGGACUUUUUGUUCUGGAAUUAUUCUACUUCACCCAGAAUUCAGGAAGAGUGGGAUGUAGGAAUGCUCUGGCACAAACCAGAAGAACAGCUGUACAAACCUAUAAAAUGGAAAGUUGUAAUAGGUGAAGUCAUCUGGCCUCCCUAGGCUAACCAUUUCUCUUUACCUGUCACCUAUUUCCAUAUGAAAUGCGUCUUGCACUGAAGUCCAUAGGGGUAUCUUCACCUACAACCUAGGUUUAGAUCUACUCCAGAUUCUCAAUAUAGUGCAUCUAACAAAAUGAUUUUGAAAGUCCAUAUUCACUUUGACCUUGUCAUACCACAGAUAUCCAUGUCACCCAAACCUUAAAUCAUGACUCUCUAAUUCCAAAAUCCCCUAUUUCUUAGGAUCACUCACUCCUUCAUCCACGCUAAGCAAUAGGUGGCAAAAUACAAUUUCUAAUCAGGCAGUUCCAAUCCUCCCCUUUGCUUUACAUCUUGCAGUACUUUCAUUUUAACUUGUGGUUUUUUUCAUUGCCAUAACACUUAGAUAAACCCCUUUUGCCAUUCUUUAAAUAGUGAAUCAGUCGCAAGAGGUAUUAUUUGAAAUAAAAAUAUCAUGCUAGGCAAAACAUUCAUUUUUAUCACUGAAAUUUUGCCUAGCAAUGACAAUUUUAACUUUUCCCAUCUUGGCAUAAUAAUCCAAGACAGGGGUGCCAGAUUACAUCACAAUCCAAUGUUAAGUUUAUAUUGGGGUUAUCUGGUGCACAGAGGGCAUUUCAGCAAAUGAGCUGCAAAUAGGUAAGUUGUUAGGUGAACAGCCUAGGCGGGAAAGUGUUCUGGGAUUUAAAAGCUGUCUAAAAACAAUAUUCAUCUGCUUUUCUUUUUUCAUAGAUUACGAUGUCGAUUUUCUGGAUAAUUCUCUUGGUGUCAAUUUCUGGCACCAAGCAUGCUGAGGUAAGAAAAAAAUGUGGCUAGCAUAGGGCUUGCUGAUACGAAGGUCUGCAGUUUGAAUCCCCGUGACGGGGUGAGCUCCCGUUGCUCGGUCCCUGCUCCUGCCAAACUAGCAGUUCAAAAGCAUGUCUAAGUGCAAGUAGAUAAAUAGGUACCGCUCUGGUGGGAGGGUAAACGGCGUUUCUGUAUGCUGCUCUGGUUUGCCAGAAGCGGCUUAGUCAUGCUGGCCACGUGCCCGGAAGCUGGACGCCACCUCCCUCAACCAGUAAAGCGAGUUGAGCGCCACAACCCCAGAGUCGUCCGCGACUAGACCUAACAGUCAGGGGUCCUUUUACCCUUUACCUUUAAAGGUAAAACAUUUGCAUUUAUUGCUAAAAAUGUCUAAAAACGCCCCCGCCCUUUCACUGGCAGAGGAAGAGGAGUGCAGGGGGAGCACACCACCCCCGGCAGCAUGAUCCUGGCAGGGUGCCAUUGCAGCUGCCCCCGCGCUGGGCACCCCACCCCCACAGGCAGCGCUUACCCCCCCCCCGACCCACGCCCCGCCCGCCUUCUCUCUGCCCCCGGUGCCGGAGCAUGAAGCUCCUCCAUUGCCCCUUUUGGGGUCACAAGAGAGUGAGUGUGAUGCAGUUAGCGUGUUAGGCCGGGGGAGACCAGGGCUAUCAAAUCCCUACUGAGAAUAUAUUUGAUGUCAUUACAGGAGGAGUGCGAGAGCGACCUGGUGGAGCGAAUGCCCGCCCUGGAAGGUCCGUUUUUGGCUCUCCAGACCAUGAAGUUGACAAAUACCUCAUUUGUCAACUGCAUAAACGAUCCAUCAGGACCUGUCAAGUUGGGCAUGGAAAACGUGACAAAAAAGCCAGAAAGGAAACAUGAUUCAACUGGAAGCGGUAAUUUAAUUUUUUAAUCCUCUAUUGGGAGGGGUUGUCAUGUGUUUCUUUGUUGAUACUGAGCAUUUUCAUCGUAUCACUUUAUAUUAUAUAUUCAGACAUUCAACCAGUAGACUUUAGUCCAUUAGGGCAAGUGGGGAACUGCCCUAAAAAGCUAAGCCUCUGUUAGCCAGCCCCCAUCUGCUCCUGUUCCUCCUUAGACCCAGUGUUGCUGUUAUGGAACUCAGCAGCAAGGAGGGUGAGGACAAAGCCAGAAUUAGUUCACUCUGCCUGUCAUUGGCUCUAAUUCCCCACUACUGUUGACUCUCCCGUAUUCUGCCCUACAAGUGAAAUGGGCAUCAGCCCCUCCCCCUGCAUUCAAUGCAAUAAAAUGAACCAUAGAUGCAAGUGUCAUUUUAUGACCUUAUCCAUUGCCUUUUGCUUAAGAAUCACAGGGAUGCUCCAAAAACUAUUAUAGGGGAAAGAACAGGAAGGUUGAAAAUCUUCCAGAUUUUUAAAAUGAGAUAUUUAUAUUUUGAAAACAUUUUAAUAUAUAUGUAUUUAUUUGAAAUUUCAGGUAGUUCCAAAAUGGUAGUAAGGCACCUGAAAUUCCUCGACUCCUUGAAGACUUCUGACAAAGAGAAUUUCCUCCCAGCUGUAAUGAAGAGAAGUAGAGAGAAGGUGUGGACUUUCAGCCAGGUGGACUUUCCCCCAGCUUUCAUAGAGCCAGCUGUAUCAUCUGCCCGCAAAGGCGUGUGCCAAGGAGUUGGAUCCAUGGAAGCGUACGACCAGGUGGCAAAGGUGGUGGCCCCAAAACAUCAAGAACUCAGGAAAGAGGAAGGGUUGCUCACUCUGCUGAUGCAGAAGCUCAAUAUGGACAGAGACGAACUAAAGAAAGUAAUUGACCGUCUCCGGGACCUAAACGAUGAACUUGAAUCACUUAAUAAACGGCAAAAAGAACUUGAAAAGAGGAUUGAGGACUACUCUCUGAAGCUGCAAAGGGCUGAAAAGAUGAGCUUGGGAGGAAAGGAGGAUAGGGGCACGGAAGCAGCAAGCUAUAAUCUUUCCAUUAUCAAGGUGUCUGACUCCACUUACGUAAGGACCUUGGAGAACGCCAUCCAGUUUGGAACCCUAGUCUUGCUUGAAAAUAUCGGCGAGGAAGCGUUGGGUGACCUCUCAGAGCCAGUGCUGCUAAUGGCAACUUUCAAACAACAGGGUGUAGAGUACAGGAGACUGAGUGAGAACGUUCUUGAGUACUCAAGCAAUUUCAAGUUUUUACUCAAUGGAUUUCUAGUGGAAUACUACUUGGAGGAGUCUGACCACGUCACCAAGGAGCCCAUGUCUCUGGUUAUGUUGAAACAGGUAGAUUUUAUGGAAAUUUGUAUCUGUUUUCAUUAUCUGCCAUAUCUGUUGCAAGCUCAGUAUUAUGAACAGAGACUGAGAGAGAAGGUUCUUGAGUACUCAAGCAAUUUCAAGUUUUUACUCAAUGGAUUUCAAGUGGAAUACUACUUGGAGGAGUCUGACCACGUCACCAAGGAGCCCAUGUCUCUGGUUAUGUUGAAACAGGUAGAUUUUAUGGAAAUUUGUAUCUGUUUUCAUUAUCUGCCAUAUCUGUUGCAAGCUCAGUAUUAUGAACAGAGACUGAGUGAGAACGUUAUUGAGUACUCAAGCAAUUUCAAGUUUUUACUCAAUGGAUUUCUAGUGGAAUACUACUUGGAGGAGUCUGACCAUGUCACCAAGGAGCCCAUGUCUCUGGUUAUGUUGAAACAGGUAGAUUUUAUGGAAAUUUGUAUCUGUUUUCAUUAUCUGCCAUAUCUGUUGCAAGCUCAGUAUUAUGAACAGAGACUGAGAGAGAACGUUAUUGAGUACUCAAGCAAUUUCAAGUUUUUACUCAAUGGAUUUCAAGUGGAAUACUACUUGGAGGAGUCUGACCACGUCACCAAGGAGCCCAUGUCUCUGGUUAUGUUGAAACAGGUAGAUUUUAAGGAAAUUUGUAUCUGUUUUCAUUAUCUGCUGUAUCCUUUGCAAGCUCAGUAUUAUUAACAUACUAUUAACAUACUAUUAAUAACAUAUUAUUGUUGAAAGACAAUAGCUGUCGACACACCAAGGCCCAUGACUUUCUCCAAAGAAUCCUGGGCACUGUAUCUUUCAGAGCUACAAUUCCCAGCAUGCUUAACAAACUACAGUUCCUGAUUAGUUAGAAAGCAAAAUCACCUGCAGAUUCUGGUACCUAGUUGCCCACUAAAAUGUUGGUGCAUUUUUGUUUUGAUUUUUUUUCCUGAAUUUGAAUGAUUAUGAAAUGUGGUGAACUGAAGAUUGGAACAGUAAGGAAUUAAUAUGUAGAUUAUGCCCUCUUCCUUGGUUGUCCUUAGAUUGCAAUAAUGCCAAAGGAGCUUCCAGCUCUUCAGCUGAAAUGGAUUCAGACCUCCGCAGAAACGGAGAAAUUGGUAGUCCUCUUAGAAAAAGAAACCAUUGAGGUUUCGGAUGCCAAGGAGCAGCUAGUGGGUGCAGAUGAAAAGGAAACUAGUGAAGCUGCAGCUCUUGCCCAGGGUAUUCAGGUCAUUGUGCUGUGCAGCCUGGUGCUCCCUGCCCAUCCUCUGCUAUGCCAACUUACCUGAGAUUAAGCCCCUUUGAACCCAAGAAGACUGAAAAAAAUUGCACACACAGGACUGCACUGUCAGCACAUGAUGUGCCUUCCACAGUUGGUUUUUAAUGAAAGAGCGGCAAUUAAGAGGGGAUGUUCACACAUGAUGUUGCUGAGAGGGGAUUCAACCCCUUGUGGCCCCUCACCCGUUCUGAUCUGCCUCCCAAGGUUGCUAUUUACCCCAGAGUUAAAAGUAAUAUUGAGUUAAAAAUGCCCUCCUUUUGUGGUGUCAUAAGUGAGUGAUGCAGCUGAGUGUUAGGCCAGGGGUUAGGGUUAGGGUUAUUGUUUCACUGGACUGUUCAUCCUGACUAUGUGGUAUAUUUGAUAUGAUUACAGGAGGAGUGCGAGGGAGACCUUGCCGAGGCAAUGCCAGCCAUGAACACUCCCCUGAAUGAAACUACACAUUCUGGGGAAGAAUAACUCAGACCUCUUACAAUGAUGUUUCCACAAAUACCACACAAGAAACAAUUCAGCUUUAACAGAGAUCAAAGAACAGGACUCUGCAUUUCUGCCUUGUAGAAUUCUCUGAAGUAAUAAAGGAGCACCUAAGUUGUGCUUUCAAGGCAUCUGCAAGAAAAAGGUUUCUUACUUGGGGCAGACUCUGUUGACACAAGUGCCCCCUUCUUUCUUUUUAAAUCACCCCUCCAAUCUUCCCUUAGCAGAGGGCGGGCGAGAUGUAAAGUGGACGCCUGCCAAUUUUUAAUUUUAAAACCAUUCUGGGGUGUAAAACUGUGUGAUUGUUCUUGCUUAGUCGAUCCUGAAGAAAAGAGCUUCUGGUUUUAUUACUGGUCACGAGUGUGGGGUGAAAAAGAAAGACAGACGGGGGUUCGGGGGGAAUGACAGCAGUGGCCACAAACAUUUUAAUCUCCCACCACGCUUAAAUGUAAAGCCUGCAAAACCAGAAGCGUUUGUGGCUUGGUUUGGCGAUUUUGUUGCUUUAAUGCAAAGAUCCAAUUUAGCAGUUUCAAGUUCAGGGCCAAGGUCAAAUAUACAGGUUAGUAUAUAAAGCCUUUAACAGCUUGCCCCUAGUUUACUUGUGAGAUUUCCUUAUCCUAUAUAUGCCCAUGCAACUGCUUGGAUCUGUGGAACUGGCACUGUUACAAGUGCCACAUAAUACUUGAUCUGCAUUUGUAAGAAAUAGAUAUUUUCAGAUGGAGCUCCCAAGCAGGUACCUGGGUGUAAAUAUACACCCAGAUUUAGGCAAGCCCUAUCAGAACCAUGGACAGGUCCUGUGACCUCCAGUGGCUACAGUUUUCUCUUGAUUGUGGUUAAUGGGUGGAUGUUGUCUCAGCAAAGAGGUUGAGGUUGGCAAACCCUGCCCUGCAAUUAGCCCUGCCUUUGCAGAGGAGCUGGCUGUGUUCUUUAAAGGGCUGUUGUCCACUUCCAUAACUGCUAACAUCUACAAGGCUGAAAGAUGAAAUGCUACUGGGGACUCAUCCUAAGGGUUUGAGUCACAAACCCCACCUCAGCCCACUCACAAAGGGCCAUCACAAACCCCACCUCAGCCCUCUCACAAAGCACCAUCACAAACCCCACCUCAGCCCACUCACAGACGACUAUCACAAACCCCACCUCAGCCCAAUCACAAAGCACCAUCAAAAACCCCACCUCAGCCCACUCACAGACGACUAUCACAAACCCCACCUCAGCCCUGUCACAAAACGCCCUCACAAACCCCAUAGUAUAUUGGGAUUUGUGACAAAACUCCAUCAUCCCUAGUAAUGCAAGGCCAGCUAACAUAUGGCUGCUUAUUAAAAGUGUCCCACUGUAGGUUCCAGUUCCCCCCUGUGCCCACUGUAUUAGGGCUCCGGUCACCUUGUGAGCAGAGUCUUAUUUAGUCUUCUGUUUUAAUCAGAAGGUAUCUCUGCAUUCUCCAUAAACAUCUUACCAUUUUCAUUCCAAUGCGUUGUUUCUGUUCCAAGGCGAAUCUAACUAUGGUAGGAGAUUACUGGACGACAAGGACAGGCUUCUCCAGCUCUCUGUUCUUUCCAAUUGCAUAUUGUAAAGAUGCAGAAGUCCUGGAAAACUAUCAGCUUUCUCCAGAGGGGGAAUAUUUUGUAAAAAGUCCAUUCUUUUGGGAGGAGUGGUUUGUUGUUCAAGGCCUCCCAAUCACCUUGACUGCACAACAGGGAUUUGCUGGGAUGUGGCUGAAUCCCACCCAAGACUAACGCUGGUCUGGAAGUCCUCUUUACUUUGCUCCCAGUUUUCUUUCUUGGGUUGAGCCCAACUCUUUGCUUUGUCAUUUCAUUCAACUUCGCUUCUGGCUUUCCCCAGUUCCUACCUUGGCUUUCAUUUUCAGGUCAGGGUCAUGGCUUUGAGCCCCUGCAUUGCAGGAUGUUGAACUAGAUGACCCUCUCUUCCAUUCUAGCUCUAUGAUUCUUUGAUUCUGUUAACUUCAUAAUCCGUCCAUUCCUGUGUAAGGUCUUCCUUGCCCUCUGCCUUCCACUCUCUACCCCAGAUAUUAAUCUUCUGGUGGUUUUAGGCCCCAUCUGCACCAUACAUUUAAAGCAAUAUCAUACCUAUUUACACAGUCAUGAAUCCCCCCUCUAAAAUAUUGGGAACUGGAGUUUAUUAAGGGUGCUGAGAGGUUAGUUCCUCUUCCUAGGGAACUCUGGAGCUUGCAGCUCUGUGAAGGGAACACAGCUAUUAGAUUUUGGGCGUAUAUUGACUGAUCACAAAGUUUAUUUGAGUCUGCUACUUUUAUUUUAUUUCCCCCCCUAUUUUGUUUUAUGUUGCUGUUUGAUCAGUCAGGAUACACACACACACACACACACACACACACACAGAUGCACACACUCUUUUCUUUAUUUUCUAUGGGACAGACAGCCACAGCAGCUUAGAAAGCAGUAGGAUAGGUAAGGCACAACUUCAAAGGGGAAAGCUAUUAUUAUAAUCAGUUGGACAGGAAGAAAUGACUGGAUUGGAUAUAGAAGAAAGAAGAGGAUGAGUCAAAUAGGAAACAUGGAUUGAAUAAUUGUUCCACCCCUGAGCUUUUGGAGAGCCAGUGUGGUGUAGUGGUUAAGAGCGGUAGUCUCGUAAUCUGGGGAACCGGGUUCGCGUCUCCGCUCCUCCACAUGCAGCUGCUGGGUGACCUUGGGCCAGUCACACUUCUUUGAAGUCUCUCAGCCCCACUCACCUCACAGAGUGUUUGUUGUGGGGGAGGAAGGGUAAGGAGAAUGUUAGCCGCUUUGAGACUCCUUAAAGGGAGUGAAAGGCGGGAUAUCAAAUCCAAACUCUUCUUCUUCUUCUUCUUUUGCUGUAACCAGAUAGUAAUAUUGGCUUGGCUAAUUAGGCCACACAAUACCUCACUGCACCAGCUCACUUGCCUUAUGGAUAUGCUUUGCAGUAUUCAAGCCUGGCGUGCUCUGGUCCAUGGGGUCACGAAGAGUUGGACACUGCUAAACGACUAAACAACAACAAAUUCAGUCUUUUAGUUCCUUUAAGGCCAGAACUCAAAAGAUGGAAAUUCAAAGGGGAACAACAUAUAUCUCAUGCAGUGAAUGGGCUGGACACAUUUUAGAGGACGUGUGCAAUGACUGACAUUCUGGGGGAAAGUAACUCAGGCCUCUUAGAAUGAUGUUUCCACAAAUACCACACAAGAAACUAUUCGGCCUUAACAGAGAUCAAAGAACAGGACUCUGCAUUUCUGCCUUGUGGAAUUUUCUGAAGGGAUAAAGGAGCACCUAAGUUGUGCUUUCAAGACAUCUGCAAGAAAAAGGUUUCUUACUUGAGCCAGACCCUGUUGACACAAGUGCUACCAAGAGCACAAAACACUUGGAGAAGUGUUCAUAAGCUGCUGUUCCUCGCAUCACUCUAUUCAAAGGAAACAGCUCAGGCUGACCUGUGUUAUUCCCAUGGCAGCCCGAGACACCACUGUCCUGAUAACCUUAGGUGGGUUAUCCCAUGCUUUGUCUGGAGUUUGUCCGCCCCAUUGUAAGACUCAGCUGCCAGCUCAAUUGGCUACUGUAUGUGGAAUGGGAUUGAAGAGGCACCGUUUUGUUUUGGCUUUUUGCUUCAGGCAGCAAAAUGUAUUGGUCUGGCUCUGCAUAUUGACUGAUAGCAAACUGUUCUUAUUGGUAAUAAUGCAACUUUUGCUGCAUUUGAAAGCCAUUUACUCUUUUCCAACUUUCAGGCUGACGACUUAUUCAUGGGGCCAGUUCAGCCUUGUUUGGAAUUUCUUCGCCAUCAUUGCAGGGUCAUGGCUAAGACGUCCCCCAUCCAUCUCACUCUUUCCAUGAUGACACUGUAUAUUGCUUUGCUUGAUAAGGAUCCUGUGAGCUUCAUCUUCCCGCUCGCCCACCUCCACCUUGUUGCGCCCUAAGACUGAGGGAGCAACUGCGUUAGUUCUCCCAUCUCAUUUGUGCCCUAGAAAGAUAUGGAAAUGUCAUGGAGGAAGCCCAUGUUGAGCUGCGUCCAGCUUAAAGUGCAGAGCACACUGGUAUGUGCAUGGAAAGAAAUGAACUGGGGAAACUUAAAACUGUGGUAAAGCACAUGUGCCGCAGUUCUGGACUUUUUGUUCUGGAAUUAUUCUACUUCACCCAGAAUUCAGGAAGAGUGGGAUGUUGGAAUGCUCUGGCACAAAGCAGAAGAACAGCUGUACAUAGCAUUGGCAAUUUCUUAGUGGCAAGCAAUGCACAAAUCUAACAAACCUAUAAAAAGGAAAGUUGUAAUAGGUGAAGUCAUCUGGCCUCCCUAGGCUAACCAUUUCUCUUUACCUGUCACCUAUUUCCAUAUGAAAUGCGUCUUGCACUGAAGUCCAUAGGGGUAUCUUCACCUACAGCAUAGGUUUAGAUCUACUCCAGAUUCUCAAUAUAGUGCAUCUAACAAAAUGGUUUUGAAAGUCCAUAUUCACUUUGACCUUGUCAUACUGCUGAUUUCCAUGUCACCCAAACCUUAAAUCAUGACUCUCUAAUUCCAAAAUCCCCCUAUUUCUUAGGAUCACUCACUCCUUCAUCCACGCUAAGCAAUAGGUGGCAAAAUACAAUUUCUAAUCAGGCAGUUCCAAUCCUCCCCUUUGCUUUACAUCUUGCAGUACUUUCAUUUUAACUUGUGGUUUUUUUCAUUGCCAUAACACUUAGAUAAACCCCUUUUGCCAUUCUUUAAAUAGUGAAUCAGUCGCAAGAGGUAUUAUUUGAAAUAAAAAUAUCAUGCUAGGCAAAACAUUCAUUUUUAUCACUGAAAUUUUGCCUAGCAAUGACAAUUUUAACUUUUCCCAUCUUGGCAUAAUAAUCCAAGACAGGGGUGCCAGAUUACAUCACAAUCCAAUGUUAAGUUUAUAUUGGGGUUAUCUGGUGCACAGAGGGCAUUUCAGCAAAUGAGCUGCAAAUAGGUAAGUUGUUAGGUGAACAGCCUAGGCGGGAAAGUGUUCUGGGAUUUAAAAGCUGUCUAAAAACAAUAUUCAUCUGCUUUUCUUUUUUCUUAGAUUACGAUGUCGAUUUUCUGGAUAAUUCUCUUGGUGUCAAUUUCUGGCACCAGGCAUGCUGAGGUAAGAAAAAAAUGUGACUAGCAUAGGGCUUGCCGAUACGAAGGUCUGCAGUUUGAAUCCCCGUGACGGGGUGAGCUCCUGUUGCUCGGUCCCUGCUCCUGCCAACCUAGCAGUUCAAAAGCAUGUCUAAGUGCAAGUAGAUAAAUAGGUACCGCUCUGGUGGGAGGGUAAACGGCGUUUCUGUAUGCUGCUCUGGUUUGCCAGAAGCGGCUUAGUCAUGCUGGCCACGUGCCCGGAAGCUGGACGCCACCUCCCUCAACCAGUAAAGCGAGUUGAGCGCCACAACCCCAGAGUCGUCCGCGACUGGACCUAACAGUCAGGGGUUCUUUAACCCUUUACCUUUAAAGGUAAAACAUUUGCAUUUAUUGCUAAAAAUGUCUAAAAACGCCCCCGCCAUUUCACUGGCAGAGGAAGAGGAGUGCAGGGGGAGCACACCACCCCCGGCAGCAUGAUCCUGGCAGGGUGCCAUUGCAGCUGCCCCCGUGCUGGGCACCCCGCCCCCACAGGCAGCGCUUCCCGCCCCCAGGACGCACGCCCCGCCCCGCCUUCUCUCUGCCCCCCAGUGCCGGAGCAUGAAGCUCCAGCAUUGCCCCUUUUGUGGGGUCACAAGAGAGUGAGUGUGAUGCAGUUAGCGUGUUAGGCCGGGGGAGACCAGGGCUAUCAAAUCCCUACUGAGAAUAUAUUUGAUGUCAUUACAGGAGGAGUGCGAGAGCGACCUGGUGGAGCGAAUGCCCGCCCUGGAAGGUCCGUUUUUGGCUCUCCAGACCGUGAAGGUGACAAAUACCUCAUUUGUGAACUGCAUAAACGAUCCACCAGGACCUGUCAAGUUGGGCAUGGAAAACAUGACAAAAAAGCCAGAAAGGAAACAUGAUUCAACUGGAAGCGGUAAUUUAUUUUUUUAAUCCUCUAUUGGGAGGGGUUGUCAUGUGUUUCUUUGUUGAUACUGAGCAUUUUCAUCGUAUCACUUUAUAUUAUAUAUUCAGACAUUCAACCAGUAGACUUUAGUCCAUUAGGGCAAGUGGGGAACUGCCCUAAAAAGCUAAGCCUCUGUUAGCCAGCCCCCAUCUGCUCCUGUUCCUCCUUAGACCCAGUGUUGCUGUUAUGGAACUCAGCAGCAAGGAGGGUGAGGACAAAGCCAGAAUUAGUUCACUCUGCCUGUCAUUGGCUCUAAUUCCCCACUACUGUUGACUCUCCCGUAUUCUGCCCUACAAGUCCAAUGGGCAUCAGCCUUCCCCCUGCAUUCAAUGCAAUAAAAUGAACCAUAGAUGCAAGUGUCAUUUAUGACCUUAUCCAUUUCCUUUGGCUUAAGAAUCACCUGGAUGCUCCAAAAACUAUUAUAGGGGAAAGAACAGGAAGGUUGAAAAUCUUCCAGAUUUUUAAAAUGAGAUAUUUAUAUUUUGAAAACAUUUUAAUAUAUAUGUAUUUAUUUGAAAUUUCAGGUAGUUCCAAAAUGGUAGUAAGGCACCUGAAAUUCCUCGACUCCUUGAAGACUUCUGACAAAGAGAAUUUCCUCCCAGCUGUAAUGAAGAGAAGUCGAGAGAAGUUGUGGACUUUCAGCCAGGUGGACUUUCACCCAGCUUUCAUAGAGCCAGCUGUAUCAUCUGCCUGCAAAGGCUUGUGCCAAGGAGUUGGAUCCAUGGAAGCGUACGACCAGGUGGCAAAGGUGGUGGCCCCAAAACAUCAAGAACUCAGGAAAGAGGAAGGGUUGCUCACUCUGCUGAUGCAGAAGCUCAAUAUGGACAGAGACGAACUAAAGAAAGUAAUUGACCGUCUCCGGGACCUAAACGAUGAACUUGAAUCACUUACUAAACGGAAAAAAGAACUUGAAAAGAGGAUUGAGGAAUGCGCUCUGAAGCUGGAAAGGGCUGGAAAGAUGAGCUUGGGAGGAAAGGAGGAUAGGGGCACGGAAGCAGCAAGCUAUAAUCUUUCCAUUAUCAAGGUGUCUGACUCCACUUACGUAAGGACCUUGGAGAACGCCAUCCAGUUUGGAACCCUAGUCUUGCUUGAAAAUAUCGGCGAGGAAGCGUUGGGUGACCUCUCAGAGCCAGUGCUGCUAAUGGCAACUUUCAAACAACAGGGUGUAGAGUACAGGAGACUGAGUGAGAACGUUCUUGAGUACUCAAGCAAUUUCAAGUUUUUACUCAAUGGAUUUCUAGUGGAAUACUACUUGGAGGAGUCUGACCACGUCACCAAGGAGCCCAUGUCUCUGGUUAUGUUGAAACAGGUAGAUUUUAUGGAAAUUUGUAUCUGUUUUCAUUAUCUGCCAUAUCUGUUGCAAGCUCAGUAUUAUGAACAGAGACUGAGAGAGAACGUUAUUGAGUACUCAAGCAAUUUCAAGUUUUUACUCAAUGGAUUUCAAGUGGAAUACUACUUGGAGGAGUCUGACCACAUCACCAAGGAGCCCAUGUCUCUGGUUAUGUUGAAACAGGUAGAUUUUAUGGAAAUUUGUAUCUGUUUUCAUUAUCUGCCGUAUCUGUUGCAAGCUCAGUAUUUUGAACAGAGACUGAGUGAGAACGUUCUUGAGUACUCAAGCAAUUUCAAGUUUUUACUCAAUGGAUUUCAAGUGGGAUACUACUUGGAGGAGGCUGACCACUGUUGGUUUCUGCUUUCCUUCACUGUGCAGCUCUGCUUGUCAUGAGACAGGUGUUUACAUUCCACAGUCUGUACUGUUGGAGUUUCUCACGGGAAAGGGAGACUGGAUGUGACGUACACUGGUUUCCUGUUUUUUCACUGUGUGUUUCUCUCCGAGCUGUGGAGGAGAGAGGAUGCAUUUUUCUGCUCCUGCAGAGACAAGAUGUCUUUCUGUAAUAUACCAGCUUUGAACUGUAAAUAAAGCAAUAUAGAGUAUGUAGCACGUAUUGCUCAUCCUUCCGCUGGGCACAAGACUCUGCUUUAAAUCAACACGUGGUUAUGGACUCCAGAGGUCGAAUCGGAGUGCCGGCAAAGGAUCGGAAUGCAGAGGGACGGAUCGGAAAGGAAUCUGCUCUGCGCGUAGAAGUGAUUGAUGAGGUAUGUGCUACUGCUCCGGGCAGCCUGCCAGCUUCAAGUUAAUGGCUUUAUGGCUGGACUUUGAACUUUUAAAGCCGGUUUUGCCGGGAGUAGGCGAAGGCUCCCAGGCACAAGUCACUAUGCUGGGGAAAUCGAAAGUAACUUUUAAGUGCGCCUUUGUAAUAAGGCAGCUGCAGCAGUGACGCAGCAAGAUUUAAAGCAGCAUAUGACGCUGAAGGCUAAUGCCAGAGUCAUGAUGGCCCUUCAGGAUGCUUGUGGGAUUCCUAAGCUCAACAAGAAAAAUUACAGCGACUGGGUUCAGUAUGCAGAGGCAAUUCUGCGGAAAGAGGGUUUGUUUGAGGUGAUUACAGGAACCCCCCCCAGUUCCAGUUACAGAUGCAUGGGAAGCUAAGGAUUCCAAAGCGAGGGGAACUCUUACAUUGAUAGUAUCCCCAGAAGAGCUCUGUCUAUUGCGUGAUAAGACCUCAGCCAGAGAAAUUUGGGACGCUCUGAGAGAGGCUCACUUAAGGACAGAAGCUGGAUCCACCAUGUUUUACUUUAACAAGCUGCAUAAUAUGGCUCUUGCUGAAGGUGGAGAUGUGCGUUUUCAUCUAAUGGAGAUGCAAAAUCUGAGACAUGAGCUGCAACAGAGAGGACUCAACUUUCCAGAGGCUGUGUAUUCUUUCAUGAUACUACAAUCUUUGGGUUCAGGUUGGGAGUCUGUUGCAACCCAGAUUGCUGUGCAACCAACUGCUCAGCUGACAGUGGACUUUGUUACUGCCGUGAUAUUAAAUGAAGCAGAUCGCCGGGGUGCUAGCUGCAUGGGCAAGGGGGAGUCUUCACAGACGUCAUCCCAUAGUGCAGUGGAACCACCAGAUGGCGCCAAAGCUUUGAAGGCAGUGAAAUGCAACUCGUGUGGACGUCUAGGCCAUAUGAAGAGGGAAUGCAGACAUCCCAGGGCCAAGACAGAGCAGCGCAGCGAAAGCUCAUCGCGCGGAAAAGGCCGAGGCAAAGGCAAAGGUCCGGUGUCUAGGACAACGCAGCACAAGGCUAUGGUUUCACGCUUCACUCCAAAGGUUGCAGAGGUCCAGAAGACGUCUAGAUCUUUCUUCGUUGUUGAUUCAGCGGCCACCCACCACAUGUGCAACGAUAAGAAACUGUUUGUGUCUUUUACACCGCAGGAAGGUGCGAUUCACCAGGCGGAUGACCACACUAUUCCCAGUAAAGGCUACGGAACUGUUGUUCUUCACAGUUUGGACUUAUCGAUACAGAAUGUGCUUUACGUGCCAGACGCCAAACAUAAUCUGCUCAGCGUUGGACAGCUGAAUGAGCGGAACAUUGACGUUUCCUUCAAGAACAAGAAGUGCAUCAUCACAAAGAAAAAUGAUUAUGUAUUGCAUGCAGAAUAUGUUGAUCAUUUGUUUGUUUUGUAUUAUGAUGAUGUGGUGCAGGAUGACACUUGUUGCAUUGCAGGUUCUAACAAAAGUUUACAUGCAGAAUGUAUUCACGAUUUUCAUCGAAAAUUUGGUCAUUUGCAUUUUGAGGCAGUAUCUAAAAUGCCUGCCUUGGUUGAAGGUAUGACUAUUAAACCCUGCAAGUACCACAUGAAGUGCAAAGCAUGCGCAGCAAACAAGGUGAAAAUGGCUGCGAAAGGUAAGGUGUCUAGUAGGAAAGCUACAGAACCAUACCAGGUUGUUCAUGCUGAUUUGGUUGGACCAUUAGCGCCCUCUUUGGGUGGAAAUAGAUACUUCAUGGUUCUCAUUGAUGCAUUUUCUAGAUAUAUUUUUGUGUACAAUCUCAAGCAGAAAUCGGAGGCUUUUCCUAGGUUCAAGGAAUUCUGUGCUUGGUUGGAAAAUGUGCAUGGUAAGAAGAUAAAGACUCUUUUCAGUGAUCGCUGGGGAAUUCACUUCUCAGCAGUUUGAAGCUUUUCUGACUGAGAAAGGAAUUCAACACGAUUUGUCUAGUCCUCGCUCGCCAUGGCAGAAUGGACUUGCGGAACGGGCAAAUCAGACUUUGCUUCAAGGGUUAAAAACCUUGCUGCAUGAUGCCAAUCUUUCAGAGAGUUAUUGGGCCGAAUCUCUCUCGUGUUUUGUUUACAGUUACAAUCGCAGGUUAUCUUCAGCGAUUGGAUGUACCUCUAUGAGAAGAUGUUUGGCAAGAAGCCAUACAUCAAACACAUGAAGAUUUUGGUUCUGACAUGUGGGUUCGCUCACCACAAAACUCCAAGUUAGACAAGCGUGGAUUGCAUGGUAUCUUUCUAGGUUAUCAGAAAGGGUCUUACAGAAUAAUGAUGACUGACUCUAAGACAAUUAAGCUCACAAGAAGUGUUGAGUACAAUGCAAAGUGGGGGGGGGAAUGUGGGAAUUUUCCAAUGUUAUCCUGAUGACGGUGAUGAGACUGAGGAUAGUCAAAAGCAACCACAACAGCCCACACCCACUGAUGAAGGUUCUGAGUCUGAAUCUGAAACUGAAUCGGGUGAUUCAGAGGAUUUCAAGAGUGCGAAAGCCUCUAUGCGACCCUCUGAAAGCUCUGAUCAAGAAUUGGAGGAACCAUUGUUCACAAUAGGUCGUUUUUCUCCUAAGAAGGAAGAGGAGAGUGUUGAAGACUUAAGGCUAAUUCGUAGGUCACAGAGAGCCACAAAGGCAAACCUCCAAAGAGAUUUGCUGAUGAGUUUGCUAAGAUAGCAGUAACAGCUGUUAAAAGCUCCAAGAAGGUAUUUGAACCUUCAAGUUUCCAAGAAAUCCAGGGUUUGGAUUCAAAGGAAGCUGAGCCAUGGUUAAAUGCCAUGAAGGCUGAGCUUGAUUCCUUAGAAAGGAACAAAACAUGGGAGCUAGUUCCAGUAGUUCCAGGAAUGAAACUGCUUGGAAGCAAAUGGGUCUUCAAAGCGAAGACAGAUCAAAAUGGCAAGAUAGUCAGACACAAAGCCAGAUUGGUAGCCAGAGGUUUUGCACAGGUACCAGGUCAAGACUAUCACGAGACCUAUUCACCCACAGUGAGAUAUGAAAGCAUUAGGCUUAUGCUUAAGCUAGCUGCAGAGGAAAAUCUACACAUUAGUCACCAUGAUAUUAAUACAGCUUUUCUGUACGGAUCUCUAGAUGAAUCACUUUAUAUGCUUCCACCUGAUGGCGUACAGGUAAAACAGGGAUUUGUUUGUGCUCUGAAGAAAUCCCUUUAUGGUCUCAAACAAAGUGCACGGUGUUGGCACACAAAACUUACUGAAGUAUUGUUUUCUCUAGGUUUUCAGCAAGGGAAAGCUGAUCCAUGUGUAUUUGUCAAAGAGGAGGGGCAAAAGAAACUGUACUGUUUGUUUUAUGUUGAUGAUUUAUUAUUCUUUUGGAAAGAUGUUGCAAUGUACAAUAGCGCCUUAGCUCAACUGAAAGAGCACUUUGACAUGAAAGAUCUUGGUGAGGUAAACAACUACCUAUCUCUGGAAAUAGAGAGAGAUCAAGAUGGUAACAUUCUAGUACACCAGUCACGGAAAAUUGCUGAUGUGUUAAGCAAACUAAAUCUGAUGGAUGCUAACCCUGUAGACACACCGAUGACAACAGGUUAUCAGGUAGAUGACACUGAAGAAGCAUUUUCUGACACUACACUGUACAGGAGUGUGCUAGGCAAGCUAAACUUCAUUGCCAGAUGUUCAAGACCAGACAUUGCUGUUAGCUGUAAUUUGCUAAGCAGACAAGUCAACAAUCCUAGUGUCAAGGAUUGGAAAGCUCUGAAACGCAUAGCGCGGUAUUUGAAAGGCACUAUGCAUUACAGACUGAGAUUUAACAAUCAGAAGUCUGGUGGUCUUGAGAUAUUUGCAGAUGCAAGUUUUGGAAGUGACGCUACAGACAGGAAAAGUACGUCUGGAGUUUGCUACAUGUACAAUCAGAGUCUAUUUGAUUGGUCAUGCAAGAAGCAAACAACAGUUAGCUUAAGUACUUGUGAAGCCGAACUGAAUGCACUGUCUUAUUCACUUAAGGAUUGUGAAUGGUUAGUACAAUUGUGCAAAGAUAUGAAAAUUCCUGUCAAAUGUCCAAUCCAGGUUUACCAGGACAACAAAGCAUGUUUGGCUUUGCUGAAGUCUGAAGGUUGUAAGCAAAGCACAAAGCACUUACAAUUAAAGUUGCAGCAUGCUAGGGAAUGUAUUCAGAAGGGACUCGUAACGGUGUCCUAUAUGCCAGGUAAUGAAAUUCCUGCUGAUGUAUUGUCCAAGAUUGUAUCAAGGGAUCAACACUGUACCUAUGUGCAGAAGUUGGGUUUGUACUGAUAUUGUGCAAACACGCUGCCCAGUGAUGUUCACAGAAAGGGGGAGGAUGUUGGUUUCUGCUUUCCUUCACUGUGCAGCUCUGCUUGUCAUGAGACAGGUGUUUACAUUCCACAGUCUGUACUGUUGGAGUUUCUCACGGGAAAGGGAGACUGGAUGUGACGUACACUGGUUUCCUGUUUUUCACUGUGUGUUUCUCUCCGAGCUGUGGAGGAGAGAGGAUGCAUUUUUCUGCUCCUGCAGAGACAAGAUGUCUUUCUGUAAUAUACCAGCUUUGAACUGUAAAUAAAGCAAUAUAGAGUAUGUAGCACGUAUUGCUCAUCCUUCCGCUGGGCACAAGACUCUGCUUUAAAUCAACAACCACAUCACCAAGGAGCCCAUGUCUCUGGUUAUGUUGAAACAGGUAGAUUUUAUGGAAAUUUGUAUCUGUUUUCAUUAUCUGCCAUAUCUGUUGCAAGCUCAGUAUUAUGAAAAGAGACUGAGAGAGAAUGUUAUUGAGUACUCAAGCAAUUUCAAGUUUUUACUCAAUGGAUUUCAAGUGGAAUACUACUUGGAGGAGUCUGACCACAUCACCAAGGAGCCCAUGUCUCUGGUUAUGUUGAAACAGGUAGAUUUUAUGGAAAUUUGUAUCUGUUUUCAUUAUCUGCUGUAUCCUUUGCAAGCUCAGUAUUAUUAACAUACUAUUAACAUACUAUUAUUAACAUAUUAUUGUUGAAAGACAAUAGCUGUCGACACACCAAGGCCCAUCACUUCCUCCCAAGAAUCCUGGGCACUGUAUCUUUCAGAGCUACAAUUCCCAGCACCCUUAACAAACUACAGCUCCUGAUUAGUUAGAAAGCAAAAUCACCGGCAGAUUCUGGUACCUAGUUGCCCACUAAAAUGUUGGUGCAUUUUUGUUUUGAUUUUUUUCCUGAAUUUGAAUGAUUAUGAAAUGUGGUGAACUGAAGAUUGGAACAGUAAGGAAUUAAUAUGUAGAUUAUGCCCUCUCCCUUGGUUGUCCUUAGAUUGCAAUAAUGCGAAAGGUGCUUCCAGCUCUUCAGCUGAAAUGGAUUCAGACCUCCGCAGAAACGGAGAAAUUGGUAGUCCUCUUAGAAAAAGAAACCAUUGAGGUUUCGGAUGCCAAGGAGCAGCUAUUGGGUGCAGAUGAAAAGGAAACUAGUGAAGCUGCAGCUCUUGCCCAGGGUAUUCAGGUCAUUGUGCUGUGCAGCCUGGUGCUCCCUGCCCAUCCUCUGCUAUGCCAACUUACCUGAGAUUAAGCCCCUUUGAACCCAAGAAGACUGAAAAAAAUUGCACACACAGGACUGCACUGUCAGCACAUGAUGUGCCUUCCACAGUUGGUUUUUAAUGAAAGAGCGGCAAUUAAGAGGGGAUGUUCACACAUGAUGUUGCUGAGAGGGGAUUCAACCCCUUGUGGCCCCUCACCUGUUCUGAUCUGCCUCCCCAAGGUUGCUAUUUACCCCAGAGUUAAAAGUAAUAUUGAGCUAAAAAUGCCCUCCUUUUGUGGUGUCAUAAGUGAGUGAGUGUGAUGCAGCUGAGUGUUAGGCCAGGGGAGACCAGGGUUCAAAUCUAAAACUCACUGGGUGAGCCUGUUCCCAUUGCACCAGGGAGUGCAUUUGACUGGUGGGGAACUGCCACCGAGAGGGCCCUCAAUCAAUUCCAAUGAAGGCACAUCCAGUGGCAGCACCUGGAAUAAGAAAGGAAAGGGUGGUUCUUGGAAAGUUAUUGUUUCACUGGACUGUUCAUCCUGACUAUGUGGUAUAUUUGAUAUGAUUACAGGAGGAGUGCGAGGGAGAUCUUGCCGAGGCAAUGCCAGCCAUGAACACUCCCCUGAAUGAAACUACACAUUCUGGGGAAGAAUAA